UUCUAGAUGGUUUUUGCUUUGUGUCAUUCUUGAGAAACUUCAUGACAUUAUUAUUCCAGUUAUAAACAUUAUAAAAUGUUUUUUUAGACUUAAUGUUCUCUUUUUGUUAUUGUUUCCAUGGCCAGAGCAGAGGGAUUAUGUGAACCCCUCUCUCUCCACUCUGGAAUGUUCUCCCUGUAGAUUACUGUAUUAAAGCUGCUAAUGGCUAAGCUGCAGGUCUUUGCUUCAUCAUGAGGUCUACUGCCUUUUUCCUGAUGAUGGUCUGCUGCUCUGUCAGUGGUAGUCGGUCUGAGGUCUCUGCUCCCGUGGAUUUUCCCGCCAUGAAUAUUGGGGACCUUCGCAUCCUCUGGGAUGAAUUGCAGGGCCUCAAGAAGCUGGUCCUCAGUCUGAAGGGGGAGGAAGUGGAACGACGACAAGAACUUCGGAGUGUGGAGAGUCGGCUAAGAGAUGGGGAGGUGGUGACAGAGCGGCAGAGGCAGAGCCUAGAUGAGCUGCGGGUGACAGUUGGCCAUCGGCUAGACGAGCUGAGGAGGGAUGUGCUCACAGAGCAGAACUCUGACCUGAAGAGGAAGGUGGAGGAGCUGGAGGUGCAGACCAAAGGUCAGGGCCUGUUGGACACAGGCAGCACAGCACAAGCAGAUGAAAUACUGGAGCUUCAGCUUAGAAUCAACAGCAGUGAGAGCUCCAUGGAGAACCUGAAGAUGAAGAGUUUAGCUGUAGCGGCUGAGCUGCCGUUCCUGCAGACCAGACUGAGGGCGAGUGAGAGAGUCAUGGAGCAGCUCAGGAGGAAGGAUGCAGUUCUGGCCAGCAGGAUGUGCAGCACUGAGACUCUGAUGGAGGACCUAAAGGGGCAGAUCUCAGACAUCCAAGCCUCCAAUAGUUCAUCUGCCUCUGAAGCAGUGAUGCUGGAACAACGCCUGGAGAUCCAUCUGGACGGGCUGAGGACAAACAUUGAAGACCAGGUUCAUGAGUUGAAGAAUAAAUUCAGCUCCAGCCAGCUGAGCCUGGAAGGACGGAGUGCCUCUGCUGAGAAUCGCCUAACUGAUGCUGAGAGACAACAAGACGAGCUGAGGAAAACCAACGCUGAGUUGGAGAGCAGACUGAGAUCAAGUGAAAAACAGCUGGAAGAUUUGAGGACAGCAAACACAGAGGUGGAGAGCAGACUGAGAUCCAGUGAAAAACAGCUGGAAGACCUGAAGACAACAAACACAGAUAUGCUGGUCAGGUUUGGAUACACUGAGGGAAAGCUGGAGCAGCUGAAGAAUCUCUCUGAAGUCCUGGAGGUCAGACUGAUAGUCAGUGAGAGACGGCUGGAAGACCUGAAGACAAACAACUCAGAGUUUGACACCAAGCUUUCAGAUGUGGCCCUCAGCCUGCAGGCGGCAGAGCAGCAGCUGGUUGAUCUGAAGCAACACAGCUCAGUAAGAGCAGCAGAACUGGCUUUUCUUGCAGAAAGACUGACAGCCGCUCAGAGGAACUCAGAAGCUGAGCUGAAGGUGGCCUUUUCAGUCGGUCUGACUGACUCAGGGAUUGUUGGACCAUUUGAAGAAGAAACCACUCUUAUCUUCUCCAAAACCAUCACGAACAUUGGCCAAGGCUACAACAGCUCCUCAGGUGUUUUCACCGCUCCUGUUAGAGGACUUUACUUCUUCAGCUUCACGGCUGCAGAUUACCAGAAGGGGUACAUGGGUCUGUACCUGUACAGGAACCAGCAGCCUGUCCUCUUCAGCCUGGACCUGAACGACCACGGCGGAUACACCUCCACAACCAGUGUGGUGGUUCUGCAACUGGAGGGGGGGGACAUAGUCCGCCUGGCUUUGCCGGCCAGCUACCGCCUCUAUGACGACUCAAGGAGCUUCAGCGUGUUCUCUGGCUUCCUGUUGUUCCCAGUCUGACACCGCCGGUCCACAUACAACACAUGGACUUCAUUAAUACUCAAAUAAAAAGUUAGAACUUUGAUUCAGGUCAGAGAAGAAGGUUUUAUGGUGCCAUUUUCAACAAACACAGGCUGAGGGGGUGGGAGCCUCUUGGCACAUGUGAGUCUCCAAACUUAUUAAAACAUAACAAAAAAUAUGGGGUUAGCUUAAUCUGGAUUAAUAGACAGAUAUAGCUGGGCAUCAUCAGCAUAACAGUGGAAAUUAAUCCCAUGCUGUCUAAUAAUUCUACCGAUUGGGAGUAUAUAUAAAGUUAAGAGAAUUGGUCUUAGCACGGAUCCCUGUGGUACUCCACAGGUAACCUUUGAGCAUGAGGAAGAUUUAUCAUUAACGUGAACAAAAUGAAAAUCAAUCAGAUAGAUAAGAUUUAAACCAGUCUAGAGCUGUUCCUUUAAU